GUAAAUGUAAUAGAGGUAGACAAUUUACAUGAGGGACGUCGACGCUGCACACCCUGCCGAGUACCAUUUUGCGCGAUUACAUUUCGGAUAUACCCGAGGACCCAAUAUCCUGCUUUUUGUAGCCUCGAGAUAAAUCAGCAUUAGGGGAGCAUCCGGUGAUAGAGCGGCAACUGGCCAGCUAGUCUAGCUUUAGCUGAUAGCUUGGCCCCGUAGCGUAGGGCGGCAACUACGGGUUAGCGGACGGCAACUAACUGAUAGCUCCGCCCCUCUUUCCUCCGCCUCUAGGGUCGCUAAGUAGCUACUGCUGCUAGCUAUUAACUGAACCGACAAACCAACACCAGCACUAGCAGUCGCACCCCUAGCAAGAACACAUCCCUUGAAUCGUAAAACUACGAGAGAGCUACACCGUCGUGCAAAGCCUCCUUGAACAAGAGACGAGGCUCGUUCUAGCAGAAUAAAGACCGCGCAAUACAGAGCACGAUGCCAGCCAAGACAGUCUUGGUGACAGGCUGUUCAGCCGGGGGCAUCGGUGCCGCCAUCGCUACUGCAUUGGCAACACACGGUCAUUAUGUCUUUGCAACAGCUCGAGACAUAUCCAAAAUUCCAGAAACUCUAUCCAGCUUAUCCAAUGUCGCGACUGUCGAACUGGAUGUUUGCUCGCCAUCAUCGAUCGACGAGGCCGUCAAGUUUGUUAGCGACCGCGGGCUCGAUGUGCUUGUCAACAAUGCCGGUGCCGGCUACGCAACGCCAAUACUCGAUGUUGAUAUCGAACGAGCACAGAAGCUGUACGAUACCAAUCUAUGGGGGCCCCUUCGCACUAUACAAGCCUUUUCCAAGCUGUUGAUUGCCAGUCGCGGUCGUGUCGUUAAUAUAAGUACUUGUGGCGCCGUCGUGAACACUCCGUGGAUAGGUAUAUACUCAUCAUCUAAAGCCGCCUUGACGAAUCUAUCCGAGACCCUACGCCUAGAGCUAGCACCUAUGGGUGUCAGCGUUGCCGCAAUCAUGGUAGGCACUAUUGACAGCCACUUCCACCAGAACGAUCCUUUUCACUUACCACCGACAUCAUUGUACAUUCCUAUUGAAAAGAGCAUCGCUGGCUGGGCAAGUGGUGAGCUGAAGCCCAAGGGCAUUCCAGCUGACAAAUUCGCCGAGACGUUGGUCCACGACAUCGUCGGAACGAAGGCUGGUUUGAUUUGGAAAGGGCCUAAUGCUGGCAGCAUCAAAUUACUCUCGCACUUCGCUCCUCAAUCCCUCGCGGACGCUGCAAUGAGCUAUACGCAAGGCUUGAAAGAGCUCAAGGCUCAUAACGAUGGAAAGGGACAAACAUAAAAUACCUCAACGCUGCUUGAUGAUGUGAUCAGCUGUUGUUGUUGUAAAAUGCGUGGUAUUCUUGUAACUUUAUUGAUAUAUCUAAUGGCGGUCUGGUUUCAUUGAACUCGGGGGGAAAAGAAACGUAAACAAAAUUGAACAUUUAUAAUUGGUAAAAA